GAUAUUGUUUUGUGUUUUUGGUGAUGGCCGUGUUUCUAAUUUUUCGAUUUUUUGACUUUGUGCUUUUUUCGAUAAUCUCGGGCAUUUCGCUUUCUGCCUAUUAUUAUAUUAUUGCUUAUAUAGGAAAUAAAUUUAAUCUGAUAUAUUUGUUGGUAUUGAAUCUUGUAAGGAUUUAAUUACUUUAAUUAGGCCAUUCCUCAACCUACUCAAUUAAAAAGGUAAAGAUGUUUUAUAAGCUAACUCCGCAACGCAAUGUAUGACGUUUCUUGAUUGUGAGAACAUGUUGACGUUGCUUAGUUACAAACAGGCGCUAGCUAAGACAAGUUAGAAUAAUGCUGACGAACAAUGUACUAAAGCACAUUUAAUAACAUUGUUUCAUCAAUAAAAGAACUUCGAAUUAAGUUACGCCAGUCAAUGUCCGCACCGCCUCAAUAUAACGGAUACCCACAAUAUCCUCCACAAUACCCACCUCCACCACACCCCAACUACCCACAACAACCGGAAUAUGCUAGCUAUAAUCCAGGGAUGCAGCAACCACAACUACAAUACGCACCGCAAUCUUAUAAUGGAUACCCGCCACCACAGCCUCAAGUAAUUGUAGUUGAGAGGGACCGGCACAGUGUUUCAGCCCCAGGAGGAGGAAGUUGUUGUUUAUUGGCGAUGUUGGCUUGUUGUUGCGCUUGUUGCCUCGCGGGCUGCUGCGAUUAA